AUGGGCGCCAGCCUUGGUCCAAAAAGUUUUCAUCAAGUCCUGGACUUCAGUUCCAAGCACUGGCUCGACGAUGCUCCUGCCGAGUUCCAACGCGACAACCAGACCAUCUACCAGCCGUGGAGUAUGGGGACGCGCAAUUGUCUGGGACGCAACCCGGCGCGCGCGGAGAUUAGACUAAUCAUCGCCAACAUGCUGCGGCAUCUUGAUCUAGAAUUGGACGGGAGGUGCAUGGGAGACGGCAAUUGGUUUGAUCAGAAGAUUUGUGGAAUAUGGUUCAAGAAGCCUCUGUGGGUGUCGUUGAGUCCGGCUCGAGCAAAGGAGUAA